UGAGCGCUAGACAGCUGUAUAGCACCGAUACACAGGAGCCCUAACAGAGCAGUCGCCAUGGUGUGCAUCCCGUGUAUCGUGAUUCCUGUCCUCUUAUGGGUUUACAAGAAAUUUUUGGAGCCCAUUGUGUACCCCUUCAUAUCUCCUAUUAUAAACCGCAUCUGGCCAAGGAAGGCUGUUCAGAGCGCGUCAACGUCGGCUAAAAAGGAGGAAAGCAACGGUACUUGUAAGGCCAGUGGCACCAGUAUAACAAACGGAAGUGUCAGCCGAGGCGAAGAAGCUGUUCCCGAUAAAAAAACGGAUUAAGUUACUCUGUCUGGCAUCGGAGAGAAAAGACCUGCCGGCGCUGAUUACGGCCCAUUGGGGCACAAAUAUUAGACUAUGAAUAUGUAUAUAUUUAAUAAUGCAUUCCAGAUUUUGGGUAUAAUUUAUUUUACUAUUCUAUGAGUGCAGGGAAAACACAAAUAUGCUAUUUUAGAUAAUACACUUAUCUCUCAGCAUUAAUGUUGUACAUCAGUCCCGGGGGCUCAGGCGGCCCAUAACCAUUGCUAUACUGCAUAGUAGCUGCUAAUACAGGGUAUAACACAAAUAUGCCUUCCCCACGUUCAUUAGGAUUGUGUCUGAUUAUUAAUCACUGCUAUGCGCACAUGUUCUUACGUAACCCAAUAAAGUACAUUGGUAGUUAA